UGAGUGAGGCCAGGGAUCCAACCUGCAUUCUCUUGGAUACUAGAUGGGUUCGUAACUCACUGAACCACCAUGGGAACUCCUGAACUCAGUUAUUUAGACUCCAAUGUUCUUGACCACUAAGCCAAACUGCUAACAACUCUUUAGAUUUUACAAUAUUGAGUAUGGUUCUCUGUGCAAAAUAAACACACCAAUAGCUAUGUGCAAUGAUGAUGGCAGCUUUUACCAUAAUAUAUUGCAUCUGAAGAACAGAAUAAUUGCUAUAUAUACAUCUGUGUGUGUGUGUGUGUGUAUAUAUAUAUAUAUAAUCUGUAUGUAUAUCAUAUAUAUAUAUAUAUAUAUAUAUAUAUAUAUAUAUAAUGUAUAUUUUCCAAGUAGACCAUUUCUACAGGUAUUUACAAAUGGUACUACCAAGAAGAUUACUAGGUGUACAAUAUGUUACAACAACUGCAGUUAAACAGGGCCUUUGAAGGUCAGCUGGAUUUGGUCACUCACUUCCAAAGAAGAGCGUGCAGAAAGGGACAAAUAUUACAGUGGGAAAAAACUGGCUAACACCACUUGACCAAGUGACCAAGGUUAACAUUACCAGUGAUAGCUCAUGUUCCAUCAGGUACCCUCCCCUUCAUGCCAUAUGACUGAUAAUAAGGACACUUCACUUCUGUGAUUUUUUUUCCAAAAAUCCAUAACCCAAGUCCAAUCAUGAGAAAUUAUAUAAGGCAUACCCAAUUUGAAGGGUAUUUUGUAUUCCUCCAAAUAUCUCACCAUUAUUCCUCAAAACUGACAAGGUUAUAAAAAAUAAGGCAAGACAGAGACUAUCACAAAUCAUACAUAACAACAAAAUUCAGUGUGGUGUCCUGGACUGGAUCCUGGAGUAGAAAAAAUAUAUUAUUGUAAAGCAGGUGGUAUAAAAUCUGGAGUUUAGUUAAUAUGAACACAGCAGUGUUGAUUUCUUAUAUUUGAAAUGUGUACCAUAGUAGCAUGAGAUAAGAUUAGAGGAAACUGAAACUGGUUGAGGAGUAUAUGGGAACUCCUUGUACUAUCCAUGUAACUUUUCUCUAAUUCUAACAUCAUUCCAUAUAAAAAGUUUAAUGAAAACAUUAACAAGAGAUUCCACUGGCAAAUUCCUUUGGAAACUUUGGAUUAAAUAAUACCCAUCUGAGUUUCUCAAUUCCUAUAAUUAUAGAGCUUCUGAGAUACCUAAUACACAUUGUGAAUCUGAGAGCAUAUAGGGCACUGUAUUUUCCCAACACAUUUGGCCAGCAACCCUUUUCUUCCUUCAAAAAGCAUCUUUGCAGGAUAAAUAUACUGACAUAGAGAAGGCUUUUCUCAAUGUGUCACUGACUUCUACCCAAUAUACAGCCAUAUUCAAAUUUCAAUCUCAACUUUGACUGAGGAGAGAACAAUGCCAUGAACAUUUAAAUGGCAAAAGACUUAAAACUUGAGGCUAAUAGGAUGGAUGAGAGAAUCAGCAUUAAAAUUAAAUUUAAUAUGCUGCUUCAAUUGACCAAACUUAAGAGGAUAAAUAUUUAGUAUACUUUCAGUUAAACAAAGAAAAAAAAAUUCAACCGUAUAAUUACAGGAUGAGGAAUAACAGACUUAAAAGUCCAUUAUGUACCUAUGAGCGAGUUUAUGUCUUGAGUUUGUAGGUAGAAUUAGUACAACUCUCAUAGUCAGUGAAAAGGACCUAAUGGGAAAGAUAAGUCCAUUUCUUCAGACUUUUAGUUUUAUGUGCCACAUUGUGAAAUAUCCACAAUGAAUCAUUUCCAAAGGAUAAGAAGCAAGAUGGUAUGCAUCUUGGAAACUAUGUCAUACCUAGAAAUAUUGAUAAAACUAUAAAUCUUACCCCAGUAAACAGAAAAAUUAAGGUGAUUUGAUCAUGGCUAUUAAGUAUAUAAGGAUAAAGUAAGAAUCGAAUUGAUUCAGUUUAACUUUAGAAGUCAGAAGAAGGACCUAAGGAAGCAAAAAUAGAGCAAGUUAGUUCAAAACCAUCUUUGUAACCAUUAAACUGCCUCAUAAUGGGAUGGAGAUCCUUGAAGCAAAGUGACCUCCUUGCCUCUAACACUGUACUAACAGAAGCUGGAUGUCCACCUGCCCUAUUUGCUGCCAGACUGUACAACGUACCUAAUAAAUUACUUUUAUUUAGCUUUCUAGUGCUAAGAUAUCUGAAUCUAUGAAACCUCAUGGAAGGAAAAAAAUUGAGGCACUGCGACAAGUGACAAGUUAUUGAAACACCUCUGAAGUUAAUGUAGACCCCACCCUAUCUUUCUUCUAACCAGUAUACCUGAAAUACUAACUGGAAACUGACUGAACAAAUGCUGGAGUUUAGGCCAAGAAUCAGAGGCAAAAUGUCAUGCUAAGUGUGUACCUAAGAGAUUUCUGAUGGUAUAAUUUAAGAGGAUAGGGAACUGAGGAAUUAAUCUAGACCCAGUAUUGUUACUCAAAAGGAAUUUAGCAAAAUAAACAAAUACAAAAAUAAGUUGAUUUUUAAAAAUUCACUAUUUUUUCCUCCAUGGAAAUAUCUGGCUUAUAACAAAAGGUUAUGUGGAUAAGUUAAAGGCAUGCUUCAAAUUGCUCCCACACUGAGCUACAGCCUUCAAUGGAGACAUCUGGGACACAAAUGAGGAGCAAAGGGUCUCAGAGUCCUUUAAAUGCCUAUUGGGUCAGCUCCUGAGAGUGAGUGUCCCUUUAAAUUUUGUGUGGGUGGUGCCUGCUUACGUCACCCUAGUCUCAACUCUGUGAUUGGUCAGCACAUCAAAGCGGCUCCCUGACCCUGAGUCAAAGAAUAGUUCCCUAGGUAACGCUCCCCGUAACUACCUACCAGAGCAGAGCACUGUGGGCGGCCUGUCUGUUGGUGAAGACCUGGACCUGAUGAGAAAGAGGCCUGAGACCACGUCUUUUUCCACCUCUAGGUAGGCGAGAGGACAGCACCAACUUUAUCUUUAUCCAGAAAUGGCCUGGGCCCCAGAGCGGAAAAGGGCAGAGCCUAAUUCAAGAGAUCCCAGAGCCAGCCAACAUGGCCGGGAUGGUAGAGGCAGGGGCAGGGGCUGGAGCAGCACUUCUAGCCAUGUAGAGACUAGGGCUUCUGGCUCCCGAGAACCACCACUCUGCUUUAAAAUAAACAACAGUAUGGCUGGUGUGGUGAUUGGUCGUGGUGGAUCAAAAAUAAAAGACAUCCAAGGUAUGACGAACACCAAAAUAAAGAUCAUAAAGGGUGAUUCUGAAGCAGAGGUAAAAAUUUUUGGCAGCAGGGACAUGAAAGCCAAGGCCAAAGCAGCUAUAGAAGCUCUUAUUAAGAAUAAACAAGGAGGUUACAAUUCAAGAUCCAGUGUUGGUAAUGCUGCCUCCCAACCCUCUGUUGGAAGAGGCUUAAGCAGAGAUAACAGUGUUAGAGAAGCUCAGCCACUGAUAGACUGGGAUCAAAUAAAGGCCGAAGUGGUAGAGUGGGAAAAAAGAAAAUGGGCAGAUUUACCGCCAAUUCAUAAAAACUUUUAUGUAGAAACCAAAGCAACCAGCUCAAUGUCUCAAGUGCAAGUAGACAUUUGGAGAAAGGAAAAUUUCAACGUAAUGUGUAAUGACUUGAAAGAUGGUGAAAAACGUCCCAUCCCCAAUCCAAUUUGUAAAUUUGAGGAUGCUUUUGGACCUUAUCCUGAACUUAUGAAAAGCAUUAAAAAAGCUGGUUUUCAAAAGCCAACACCAAUUCAAUCCCAGGCAUGGCCAAUUGUUCUACAAGGAAUAGAUCUUAUAGGAAUUGCCCAAACUGGAACAGGCAAAACAUUGUCCUAUUUAAUGCCUGGGUUUAUUCAUCUCAAUUCUCAACCAGUGUCUAGGGGAAAAAGGAAUGGACCUGGCAUGCUAGUCCUUACACCGACAAGAGAAUUAGCUCUUCAGGUGGGAGCUGAAUGUUCCAAAUAUUCUUAUAAAGGUCUUAAAAGUGUUUGUAUAUAUGGUGGUGGAAAUAGAAAAGGACAAAUACAAGACAUUAUGAAAGGUGUAGACAUCAUUAUUGCAACUCCUGGGAGACUGAAUGAUCUGCAAAUGAAUAACUUUGUCAACCUAAGAAGCAUAACAUACUUAGUCUUAGAUGAGGCAGAUAAAAUGCUGGAUCUGGGGUUUGAACACCAAAUAAUGAAGAUUUUAUUAGAUGUGCGCCCAGACCGGCAGACCAUUAUGACAAGUGCGACUUGGCCAGAUACCAUUCGUCAACUUGCACAUUCUUAUUUAAAAGAGCCUAUGCUUGUUUAUGUUGGUACCCUGGAUCUAGUAGCUGUAGACACAGUGAAGCAAAAUAUAAUUAUUACCACAGAAGAAGAAAAACGAUCCCUUUUCCAAGAAUUCCUACAGAGCCUGUCACCCAAAGACAAAGUCAUUGUGUUUGUCAGUAGAAAGCUUAUUGCUGAUGACUUAUCAAGUGAUUUAAGUAUCCAGGGCAUACCUGUACAAUCCCUGCAUGGUGACAGAGAACAGAGUGAUCGUGAGCGAGCAUUAGAUGACUUUAAAACUGGAAAAGUGAAAAUACUGAUUGCUACUGAUUUAGCAUCCCGAGGCCUCGAUGUUAGUGAUGUCACACAUGUAUUUAAUUACAAUUUUCCACGGAAUAUUGAAGAAUAUGUACACAGAGUAGGGCGUACCGGAAGAGCAGGGAAGAUGGGCGAAUCAGUCACACUUAUGACCCAAGAUGAUUGGAAGGUUGCCGGUGAAUUGAUUGAAAUUCUGCAAAGAGCAAAUCAGAGUAUCCCAGAAGAUCUUCUAUCAAUGGCCGAACAAUACAAAUUACAUAAACAAGAAAAGGAAACAGGAAAAAAGCCAAGAACACCUCAGGAAAAAUUCAGAGAGUUUUACUGAUGUCUACAUUGAAGUUGUACCAGACUACUAGAAGGUUCAAGAUAUGUUCAAGUUAUGUAGUAUUCAAGUUACGCAAAGAAGUAUCAGAAACAUACUGGUGAUUAGAAGACAUUGAACUAAUUCUUAACUAACAUCAAUAAACUUUCAAUGUAUGUUACUUAAUAAAAUCAAAAGUGUUUUGAAAAUGAAAGAGUGAGAGACUAUGUGGGAAAAAAUUAAAUGUGAUGUGUUUGUUAAAGUAUACGUUCUUUUAUAGCCUUCCAUGUCCACUUGUGUCUUCGCCAAAAGGCUUGGUAGAAGACAACAAUGGUGCUUUUCUUGCUUUAAAAUAGUUGUUCUGGGGAGUUCCCACCAUGAAGCAGCAGA